AUGGAUGAGGAGAUUGAUCUGGACGUCUCUGUGGACCGCGGCCUGCAGAAGCUCAUAGACACAGCAGGUGCAGGUGCAUCCGUGACAAGCCCUGGCUGGCUCACGCAGCUCGGCAGACUCUGGGGCGGCAAAUCGGAUGUGCCAGUGGCAGAUGCAAAGCCAGAUGACAUCAAGGACCUGCUGGGUGGUGCGCUGUUCAAAGCACUCUACAAGUGGAUGGAGGAGACAGGGCCUGUUUACCUGCUCCCAACAGGGCCUGUGUCCAGUUUCCUGGUGGUGUCAGACCCGGAGGCGGCCAAGCAUGUGCUGCGGGCUACUGACAACCCCAAGAGGCCCAUCUACGUCAAGGGCCUUGUAGCAGAGGUGUCAGAGUUUCUAUUUGGGGACGGCUUUGCGAUCACGGGGGGCGACAAUUGGCGCGUGCGGCGGCGGGCGGUGGGCCCCUCAUUGCACCGCGCAUAUCUGGCCGCCAUGGCCGACCGCGUGUUCGGGCCCUCGGCGCAGCACCUGGCGACAAAGCUGGAGGGAGUGGCUGCUUCAGGCGAGAGCAUAGACAUGGAGGCAUGCUUCUCGCAGCUGACGCUGGACGUCAUCGGCAAGGCGGUGUUCAACUACGACUUUGACGCCCUCAACACCCAAUCACCCCUCAUCCAGGCGGUGUACACGGCGCUGAAGGAGACGGAGCAGCGCGCGACGGAUCUGCUGCCGCUCUGGAAGCUGCCUUUUUUGGCGCCGUUCGUGCCGCGGCAACGCAAGGCCCUGGAGGCCGUGGAGCUCAUCCGCGCCGAGACCGAGCGCCUCAUCGCGAAAUGCAAAGAAAUGGUCGACGCCGAGGAGCAGGCGCAGUUUGGCGACGGGUACAUGAACGAGGCGGACCCGAGCGUGCUGCGGUUCCUGAUAGCGUCGCGCGAGGAGGUGUCAUCGAGGCAGCUGCGCGACGAUCUGCUGUCCAUGCUGGUGGCGGGGCACGAGACGACCGGCUCCGUGCUCACCUGGACCCUCUACCUCCUCGAGCAGAAUCCCCGUGCCAUGGCCAAGGCGCGGGCGGAGGUUGAUGCGGUGAUGGGGGACCGUGCGGCGCCGAGCGUGGAGGAUUUCAUGGCGCUGCGGUACGUGAUGCGCUGCGUGAACGAGAGCAUGCGCCUCUACCCGCACCCGCCCGUCCUCCUGCGCCGUGCCCAAGUCGCCGACACCCUCCCCGGCGGCUACUCGGUGCCGGUGGGGCAGGACGUGAUGAUAUCGGUGUACAACAUCCACCGCAGCCCCGCCGUCUGGGACGACCCAAAUGACUUCCGCCCAGAACGCUUCCCCCUCGAUGAGCCCGUGCCCAGCGAGCAGACCACCGACUACAGGUUCAUACCGUUCAGCGGGGGCCCCCGGAAAUGUGUGGGGGACCAGUUUGCACUGAUGGAGGCCGUUGUGGCGCUGGCAGUGCUUUUGAAGCGGUUUGAUUUUGAAUUAGUGCCAGAUCAGGACAUUGGCAUGACCACAGGAGCGACCAUCCACACGCAGAACGGGCUGUUCAUGACUGUGCGCGAGCGGGCCAGCGGCAGAAGCCAGGGCAGCAGCAGCAAUGGUGCCAGUAGUCUUGAGCCCGCAGUAGCUGCAGGGGCGGCUGCUUGA